GCCCAUGGAUCUCAUUUCCAAAAUUAACAGAACUGGCAUCACAUCAAAUACAAUAAAUUUUCAUCCGGUAUUACAUCAAAUACAAAGUCUUUCUUCCAACACAUCACAUGCAAGUUUGCAUCCAGCAAGAGCUUUACCUAGCAACUAGUUGCCGGGCAGAACAACAAGGAACAGAGAUAUUCUCCAGUUUCUUCUAUUCUAAUUCAUCUGUUCUAAUUCUCCAGGCCGUGCAGAAUACAAAGUCUUUCUUCUGUUCUAAUUCUCCAGUUUUUUUUCUGAAAUUAAGAGAACAAAUGUAAUAUCAGUCUUACAUGGUAUUGCAGAAGAUGUAAAAGAGUAAUAAUUAUCAUAUUAAACCAAUAAAACUUUUUCAUAUAAAUAUCACUUACUUAUGGAUACUAGUAUAAUCUAUUGUCAGGAUCAAGUUCUACAAAUUUCGUAGGAUCACAUAGAAACUGUUAUCUUGAAUCAUGAUCCUAUAAAAUUAGAAUUCUAGAUGGUAUCUAGAUCAGUUUUUAGGAUCCGGAUUGGGAUUCUGACAACCUUGCUAUUAAGCACUACGCGCGGGGCAAAUACAUCCUCUCCGGGCCCGCGAACCAAAACCCAUCAAUUUCGUAUUCUCGUGCGCAUGGAAGAGCGAAGAAGGUUCGGUAGGCCAGGCCAUGCGCGUCUCGUUUCCGGCAGUCCCCGAGCCGCCCCGGGGCGGCGUUCGGCUCGGCGGCGCCUGGCGUCGGGUACACCAACCCAACGGACCCAACCCAAUUUUAAAGCGCACGAAAAGUGGGGGAGGGAGAAAAGGAGAGGAGCGCAGCGACGCGGGCGGUCUCUCUUCCUCCCCUCUUCGCUUUAGCGAUGGCCAACGAUUCCCUCGCCCACCACCUGCUGCGCCCCCUCGCCGCCGGCUGCUGCUCCGACGUUGACGAGUACGACGACGAGGAGCCCACCAACGUCGCCUUCCCCUCCUUCUGGCCGCCCUUUCCGGCCCUCUCGUCGGACUCCGACUCCGACGCCGCCAGCUUCGUGCGCCAGCGCGUGGACCGGCCCCGGCGCCGGGAGACCGCCGCAUCGUCGUUCUUCGGGCUCGGCUUCCACGACGGGGACGACGACGAGUGGGCGCCGCCGGACGAGGAGGACGGGGAGGUCGAGCUGCCGCUCUGCUGGGAUUGCCUGCAGCUGGAGGACCACGACGGCCACCCGCGGUGGGACGUGGGCGUCAGCGACGCGGAUGAGUGGGAGCAGGUCGCCGCCAGGGAGGAGGAGGAGGAGGCGGCGGCGGCGUCCGCGGUGAGGAGCCUGGAGUGGGAGGUGCUGCUCGCCGCCAACAGCCUGGGGAGCCUCGUGGUGAACGACGCCGGCGACGACGACGACCUCGACGCGGGCAUCGAGACGUACUUCCUUGACGAGGCCGACGACCUGCUGUUCGGGCAGCUCGCCGCCGCGGACGCGGACGACCACGGCCCGCAGGGCAAGUGCGGGCGGCCCGCGGCGAAGGCCGCCGUGGAGGCCCUCCCGACCGUGGUGGUCGCGGAGGCCGACGCGCAGUGCGCCGUGUGCAAGGACGGCGUUGGGGCCGGGGAGAGCGCCCGGAGGCUGCCGUGCGCACACCUCUACCACGACGCUUGCAUCCUGCCGUGGCUCGCCAUCCGCAACACGUGCCCGCUCUGCCGCCACGAGCUGCCCACCGACGACCCCGAGUACGAGAAGUGGAAGGCGAGGCGGGCCGGCGGCGGCGGCGGCGAGGCGGACCCCCGUGCGGCGGCGACAGGUACGAUGGCUUCGUCAGGUUACAUCGAUGGAUGGAUAAGUGCAGGGGAACUGACUAACUUGCUUCAAUAAUUAGAGCCUCUAAUUUAGAGGUGGUGCUGUGUUAAUACUUGGCUACGCAACUUGCUGCAAAUUCCAUUUUGAUCGGGUGGGAGAGGGAUCGAAUCGAUUCGGAUGGUGGGUAUGGUGUUGAUUUUCAUAUGGAGUGGUGAGAGCACGGUGCAUUUUGAUUUGAUAAUGGUGUAUGAUGGUCGUGACUGUUGAGGUUGUUGUUCAUUGUUCUUUACAGAGAAACAAACAGAGGAGAACGAUCGCUGCUCCUUUCAGUUUA